AUUUGAGUUUUAAGAUGAAGAGAAGCAGCUUGUUCUCACUCGUCUCAAACCAUGAUCUCUUCAUCUCUCUGGUUGUUGCUGCUGCUGGCAGCUGUUUCUCGUGUCCACUGUGUUGAACUGACCCAGACUGGUUCUAUGGUCUUAAGUCCUGGUCAGGUUUUGACACUGUCCUGUAAACUCUCUGGAUAUACAGUGUCUGACAGCAGCUACUGCACUGGCUUCAUUCGGCAGCCUGCAGGAAAAGCUCUGGAAUGGGUUGGAUACAUAUGUGGUAGCGGUAGCACAUAUUACAGUGAUAAACUGAAAAGUAGAUUUCAAGUCUCCAGAGAUUCUUCCAGCAACACAGUGACUCUUCAAGGACAGAAUAUGCAGACUGAGGACACAUCUGUGUAUUACUGCGCCAGAUUAGACGGGAGCUCAUAUGCUUUUGACUACUGGGGGAAAGGAACCAAGGUCACUGUCUCUUCAGCUCAAUCAUCUGCACCAAAGUCAAUCUUCGCCAUGUCCCAGUGUACUCCUGAUUCUUCUGGGUAUGUCACCGUUGGCUGCAUGGCAAGAGGUUUCGCACCUGAGGACUCGCUUACUUUUAAAUGGACGGAUAAAACUCAGAAGGAGCUGAGUGAUUUUGUGCAGUAUCCAGCAUUCGGGAGUGGUGGACAAUACACCAAAAUCAGCCAUAUUCGGGUAAAAAAAAGCGAUUUGGAUCCCAAAAAACCAUACAAGUGCGAAGCUUCAAAUUCUAACGGAAAAUUAGUAUCUGAUAUUACUGCACCAUCAAUACGUGUCAAUAAGCCUACUAUUGCUCUGAUGAGUAGAAAGGAGGGUGACAGGAUUGUGUUGGAGUGCCAGCUGCUUGAUUAUUUCCCAGAGAAAAUUACGGUAAAUUGGUUUGAGGGUGAUAAUCAUGUCAAAGGUCAAAUUGAUAAGAAGUUUCAGAACACUGAUAAAGGCGAGAAAAAGUACACUUUCAUAAGUCAGUUAUCCAUCAGUGCCCAAUAUGAAGGCAAAAACUAUUCUUGUAAAGCCACCCACAACUCUGAAGAAUUCAAGAAAGAAUAUAACAUGUGCAUGGCCAACCCUUUGUGCAAACCUUCAAUCCAAAUGAAGAAAUCUCAUCUCAGAGACAUUAUACUUGAGAAUAAGGUCACAGUUUCCUGUGUUGUUGAAGCACCAGACAACACUGAAGUGUCAUUGUUGACAGAUAGUGUAAGACAAACAGCCACUACAGAAUACAGAGACCAGUUCAAUAAUACUGUGAGCAACUUGACUUUGUUCAGAGAUGAUUGGUUGACCCUUAAGACCGUUGUUUGUACAGCUAAACAUCCAUGUUUCCCAGAAGUGAAGGAUGAAAUUCAAACUGUUAAUAUAAAGACAGAUCCUGUAGUGGUGAUCAGGAGGCUUUUCGUGAAAUCAACGCAGACAGACAGUCCUGUGCUGGAGUGUGUUGUAAAUGGUCUCCCGUCUGGUGAGGUCUGCAUCAACUUCCAGGCAAAUCAAAUAGAUAUCUCAGUAUUAAGUUGUGUGGAUUGGGCCCCGUCCGAAAACAUUUGGUCCUUGACCAAACAGUUCCCAAUACCUAAAGAGCACCAGAGGAAUGGAAAAACCUUUACGUGUAAAGUUCAAAGGCCCUUCAAAUCCUGGACAUCCAAACCUACUGGAAACAUUUUUGGCGAUCCUACCAUACAGCUUGCUGUUGUUCCCAGUGUUGGUCAGUCUAGUUCAGACCAACAGAAGCUGCUGUGUUCUGUGACAGGAUUCAACCCAAAUAUCAAGUGGCUAUCAGAUUCAGUGGUUAAACCUGGCCGAGAUUUAGACCUCACAAUGAUGGAAGAUGGACGUGUAAAAGUAUGCAGUGAGAUAUCGGUGCCACAGCAAGAGUGGAAUCAAGGGAUCACUUACACCUGUGAGAUUAAUAACGGACUUGGUGCAAGAAUUGCUGAGAAAAGCACCAGUAUUUGUGCAGCACAAUCUUUGUGCAAACCUUCAAUCCAAAUGAAGAAAUCUCAUCUCAGAGACAUUAUACAGGAGAAUAAGGUCACAGUUACCUGUGUUGUUGAAGCACCAGACAACACUAAAGUGUCAUGGUUGACAGAUAGUGUAAGACAAACAGCCACCACAGAAUACAGAGACCAGUUCAAUAAUACUGUGAGCAACUUGACUUUGUUCAGAAAUGAUUGGUUGACCCUUAAGACCGUUGUUUGUACAGCUAAACAUCCAUGUUUCCCAGAAGUGAAGGUUGAAAUUCAAACUGCUGAUAUAAAGACAGAUCCUGUAGUGGUGAUCAGGAGGCGUUUCGUGAAAUCAACGCAGACAGACAGUCCUGUGCUGGAGUGUGUUGUAAAUGGUCUCCCGUCUGGUGAGGUCUGCAUCAACUUCCAGGCAAAUCAAAUAGAUAUCUCAGUAUUAAGUUGUGUGGAUUGGGCCCCGUCCGAAAACAUUUGGUCCUUGACCAAACAGUUCCCAAUACCUAAAGAGCACCAGAGGAAUGGAAAAACCUUUACCUGUAAAGUUCAAAGGCCCUUCAAAUCCUGGACAUCCAAACCUACUGGAAACAUUUUUGGUGAUCCUACCAUACAGCUUGCUGUUGUUCCCAGUGUUGGUCAGUCUAGUUCAGACCAACAGAAGCUGCUGUGUUCUGUGACAGGAUUCAACCCAAAUAUCAAGUGGCUAUCAGAUUCAGUGGUUAAACCUGGCCGAGAUUUAGACCUCACAAUGAUGGAAGAUGGACGUGUAAAAGUAUACAGUGAGAUAUCGGUGCCACAGCAAGAGUGGAAUCAAGGGAUCACUUACACCUGUGAGAUUAAUAACGGACUUGGUGCAAGAAUUGCUGAGAAAAGCACCAGUAUUUGUGCAGCACAAUCUUUGUCCAAACCUUCAAUACAAAUGAAGAAAUCUCAUCUCAGAGACAUUAUAAAGGAGAAUAAGGUCACAGUUACCUGUGUUGUUGAAGCACCAGACAACACUAAAGUGUCAUGGUUGACAGAUAGUGCAAGGAAAACAGCCACCACAGAAUACAGAGACCAGUUCAAUAAUACUGUGAGCAACUUGACUUUGUCCAGAAAUGAUUGGUUGACCCUUAAGACCGCCGUUGUUUGUACAGCUAAACAUCCAUGUUUCCCAGAAGUGAAGGUUGAAAUUCAAACUGCUGAUAUAAAGACAGAUCCUGUAGUGGUGAUCAGGAGGCGUUUCGUGAAAUCAACGCAGACAGACAGUCCUGUGCUGGAGUGUGUUGUAAAUGGUCUCCCGUCUGGUGAGGUCUGCAUCAACUUCCAGGCAAAUCAAAUAGAUAUCUCAGUAUUAAGUUGUGUGGAUUGGGCCCCGUCCGAAAACAUUUGGUCCUUGACCAAACAGUUCCCAAUACCUAAAGAGCACCAGAGGAAUGGAAAAACCUUUACCUGUAAAGUUCAAAGGCCCUUCAAAUCCUGGACAUCCAAACCUACUGGAAACAUUUUUGGUGAUCCUACCAUACAGCUUGCUGUUGUUCCCAGUGUUGGUCAGUCUAGUUCAGACCAACAGAAGCUGCUGUGUUCUGUGACAGGAUUCAACCCAAAUAUCAAGUGGCUAUCAGAUUCAGUGGUUAAACCUGGCCGAGAUUUAGACCUCACAAUGAUGGAAGAUGGACGUGUAAAAGUAUACAGUGAGAUAUCGGUGCCACAGCAAGAGUGGAAUCAAGGGAUCACUUACACCUGUGAGAUUAAUAACGGACUUGGUGCAAGAAUUGCUGAGAAAAGCACCAGUAUUUGUGCAGCACAAUCUUUGUCCAAACCUUCAAUACAAAUGAAGAAAUCUCAUCUCAGAGACAUUAUAAAGGAGAAUAAGGUCACAGUUACCUGUGUUGUUGAAGCACCAGACAACACUAAAGUGUCAUGGUUGACAGAUAGUGCAAGGAAAACAGCCACCACAGAAUACAGAGACCAGUUCAAUAAUACUGUGAGCAACUUGACUUUGUCCAGAAAUGAUUGGUUGACCCUUAAGACCGCCGUUGUUUGUACAGCUAAACAUCCAUGUUUCCCAGAAGUGAAGGUUGAAAUUCAAACUGCUGAUAUAAAGACAGAUCCUGUAGUGGUGAUCAGGAGGCGUUUCGUGAAAUCAACGCAGACAGACAGUCCUGUGCUGGAGUGUGUUGUAAAUGGUCUCCCGUCUGGUGAGGUCUGCAUCAACUUCCAGGCAAAUCAAAUAGAUAUCUCAGUAUUAAGUUGUGUGGAUUGGGCCCCGUCCGAAAACAUUUGGUCCUUGACCAAACAGUUCCCAAUACCUAAAGAGCACCAGAGGAAUGGAAAAACCUUUACCUGUAAAGUUCAAAGGCCCUUCAAAUCCUGGACAUCCAAACCUACUGGAAACAUUUUUGGUGAUCCUACCAUACAGCUUGCUGUUGUUCCCAGUGUUGGUCAGUCUAGUUCAGACCAACAGAAGCUGCUGUGUUCUGUGACAGGAUUCAACCCAAAUAUCAAGUGGCUAUCAGAUUCAGUGGUUAAACCUGGCCGAGAUUUAGACCUCACAAUGAUGGAAGAUGGACGUGUAAAAGUAUACAGUGAGAUAUCGGUGCCACAGCAAGAGUGGAAUCAAGGGAUCACUUACACCUGUGAGAUUAAUAACGGACUUGGUGCAAGAAUUGCUGAGAAAAGCACCAGUAUUUGUGCAGCACAAUCUUUGUCCAAACCUUCAAUACAAAUGAAGAAAUCUCAUCUCAGAGACAUUAUACAGGAGAAUAAGGUCACAGUUUCCUGUGUUGUUGAAGCACCAGACAACACUAAAGUGUCAUGGUUGACAGAUAGUGCAAGGAAAACAGCCACCACAGAAUACAGAGACCAGUUCAAUAAUACUGUGAGCAACUUGACUUUGUCCAGAAAUGAUUGGUUGACCCUUAAGACCGCCGUUGUUUGUACAGCUAAACAUCCAUGUUUCCCAGAAGUGAAGGUUGAAAUUCAAACUGCUGAUAUAAAGACAGAUCCUGUAGUGGUGAUCAGGAGGCGUUUCGUGAAAUCAACGCAGACAGACAGUCCUGUGCUGGAGUGUGUUGUAAAUGGUCUCCCGUCUGGUGAGGUCUGCAUCAACUUCCAGGCAAAUCAAAUAGAUAUCUCAGUAUUAAGUUGUGUGGAUUGGGCCCCGUCCGAAAACAUUUGGUCCUUGACCAAACAGUUCCCAAUACCUAAAGAGCACCAGAGGAAUGGAAAAACCUUUACCUGUAAAGUUCAAAGGCCCUUCAAAUCCUGGACAUCCAAACCUACUGGAAACAUUUUUGGUGAUCCUACCAUACAGCUUGCUGUUGUUCCCAGUGUUGGUCAGUCUAGUUCAGACCAACAGAAGCUGCUGUGUUCUGUGACAGGAUUCAACCCAAAUAUCAAGUGGCUAUCAGAUUCAGUGGUUAAACCUGGCCGAGAUUUAGACCUCACAAUGAUGGAAGAUGGACGUGUAAAAGUAUACAGUGAGAUAUCGGUGCUACAGCAAGAGUGGAAUCAAGGGAUCACUUACACCUGUGAGAUUAAUAACGGACUUGGUGCAAGAAUUGCUGAGAAAAGCACCAGUAUUUGUGCAGCACAAUCUUUGUCCAAACCUUCAAUACAAAUGAAGAAAUCUCAUCUCAGAGACAUUAUACAGGAGAAUAAGGUCACAGUUACCUGUGUUGUUGAAGCACCAGACAACACUAAAGUGUCAUGGUUGACAGAUAGUGCAAGGAAAACAGCCACCACAGAAUACAGAGACCAGUUCAAUAAUACUGUGAGCAACUUGACUUUGUUCAGAGAUGAUUGGUUGACCCUUAAGACCGUUGUUUGUACAGCUAAACAUCCAUGUUUCCCAGAAGUGAAGGUUGAAAUUCAAACUGCUGAUAUAAAGACAGAUCCUGUAGUGGUGAUCAGGAGGCGUUUCGUGAAAUCAACGCAGACAGACAGUCCUGUGCUGGAGUGUGUUGUAAAUGGUCUCCCGUCUGGUGAGGUCUGCAUCAACUUCCAGGCAAAUCAAAUAGAUAUCUCAGUAUUAAGUUGUGUGGAUUGGGCCCCGUCCGAAAACAUUUGGUCCUUGACCAAACAGUUCCCAAUACCUAGAGAGCACCAGAGGAAUGGAAAAACCUUUACCUGUAAAGUUCAAAGGCCCUUCAAAUCCUGGACAUCCAAACCUACUGGAAACAUUUUUGGCAAUGCUACCAUACAGCUUGCUGUUGUUCCCAGUGUUGGUCAGUCUAGUUCAGACCAACAGAAGCUGCUGUGUUCUGUGACAGGAUUCAACCCAAAUAUCAAGUGGCUAUCAGAUUCAGUGGUUAAACCUGGCCGAGAUUUAGACCUCACAAUGAUGGAAGAUGGACGUGUGAAAGUAUACAGUGAGAUAUCGGUGCCACAGCAAGAGUGGAAUCAAGGGAUCACUUACACCUGUGAGAUUAAUAACGGACUCGGUGAAAGAAGUGCUGAGAAAAGCACCAGUAUUUGUGCAGCACAAUCUUUGUCCAAACCUUCAAUACAAAUGAAGAAAUCUCAUCUCAGAGACAUUAUACAGGAGAAUAAGGUCACAGUUACCUGUGUUGUUGAAGCACCAGACAACACUAAAGUGUCAUGGUUGACAGAUAGUGCAAGGAAAACAGCCACCACAGAAUACAGAGACCAGUUCAAUAAUACUGUGAGCAACUUGACUUUGUUCAGAGAUGAUUGGUUGACCCUUAAGACCGUUGUUUGUACAGCUAAACAUCCAUGUUUCCCAGAAGUGAAGGAUGAAAUUCAAACUGCUGAUAUAAAGACAGAUCCUGUAGUGGUGAUCAGGAGGCGUUUCGUGAAAUCAACGCAGACAGACAGUCCUGUGCUGGAGUGUGUUGUAAAUGGUCUCCCGUCUGGUGAGGUCUGCAUCAACUUCCAGGCAAAUCAAAUAGAUAUCUCAGUAUUAAGUUGUGUGGAUUGGGCCCCGUCCGAAAACAUUUGGUCCUUGACCAAACAGUUCCCAAUACCUAAAGAGCACCAGAGGAAUGGAAAAACCUUUACCUGUAAAGUUCAAAGGCCCUUCAAAUCCUGGACAUCCAAACCUACUGGAAACAUUUUUGGUGAUCCUACCAUACAGCUUGCUGUUGUUCCCAGUGUUGGUCAGUCUAGUUCAGACCAACAGAAGCUGCUGUGUUCUGUGACAGGAUUCAACCCAAAUAUCAAGUGGCUAUCAGAUUCAGUGGUUAAACCUGGCCGAGAUUUAGACCUCACAAUGAUGGAAGAUGGACGUGUGAAAGUAUACAGUGAGAUAUCGGUGCCACAGCAAGAGUGGAAUCAAGGGAUCACUUGUCAAACUAAAAAUAAUACUACAACUGCUGAGAAACGCGCCAGUAUUUGCACAGUGAUUGCACCAUCCAGUCAGCGGGCAGAGGUCUACCUGGUGGGUCCAUCCCUCAGUAGUGUGAGAUCUGACACCUCUGUGACUUUGACAUGUUUGGUGGUUGGUCAGAGUGUCAAGUUGUUCUCCAUUCAAUGGAAAGUCAAUGGUAAGGUUCCCAAUCCAAAAGGCCAUGAACAAGAGCCUAGAGAUCAUAACAAUGGGACUCAAAGCAAAGAAAGUAUUUUGAAGUGUUCAGUUAGAGACUGGAAUGCAUAUGCUCUCUUCACCUGUGAGGUUAAGCAUCUGUGCUCAACAUAUACACAUCAGAAGAACAUCUCAAAAACUCGAGACCCCAAACAACCCACUGUCAGAAUCCUCAGACCCUCAGAUAGUGAUCUCUCUGGACUCCAAAAUCCCAGCCUUCUUUGUUUAAUCACUGGUUUCUUCCCGUCUGAUAUCUCUGUGCAGUGGAAACUAAAUGGGACGCAACUAGAUGCGUCUCAGUUCACUAACAGUCCUGUGGCUGCUCACACUUCAGGAGGUUUUACAAUGCAUAGUGCCCUGAUGCUGCCUGCAUCAGAGAGGAAGGAUGGCACGUUCUCGUGUGUUGUUUCUCAUGAGUCAUCCCAAAAUCCAAUCAGCGCCACUGUAGAGAACUUGUAUGCCUCGUUGAUUCGCUCUCCUCCAUCUGUAGAGCUGCUGCAGGGUACUAGUGUGCCUGAGCUAGUGUGCCUGGUAUUUGGUUUCAGCCCACCUGACAUCAACAUCACCUGGUGGCUAGGUAAGACUGAGAUGCCUGCCCGCAGCAUCUCUCACCCUGCAAAAGGCCCUGAUGGAAAAUUUAGCAUCCAAAGUCACCUGGAACUCCAAUCUUCAGACUGGGUACCUGGUGAGGUGUACACAUGUGAGGUCACUCAUGUUACUGGUAUCCUGUCUCCUAACAUCUCAACGAAAACAGAAUUGUUUGAAGAGGCUAUAUUUUUGAAUGAGAACAAACCUGAAGUUAUUACACAGGAUACAGUUGAAGAGGCCUGGAACAUGGCCUGUGCCUUCCUCGUCCUCUUCCUCCUUUCUCUUCUCUAUGGGUGCACAGUGACUUUGGUCAAAGUCAAGCUUACAUGAGCAAUAUUUUGUGUUUAUGUUUUCUAGAUUAAUUUGCUUCUUGGUUGUUGUUGUUUUGUUUAUGUCUUUCAGUUGACAUAUCUUUGCAAAUUUAUAUGGUAAAUGUCAGCUUUUCACCUUGUGACCAUUUAAAUAUGAAUGAAAAAAUAUAUAAACAUUUUUUUUGUUGUUGUUGUUAUUAUUAGCAGUGCAUGUAAACAUCUAAGAUUUGUUAUUUUGCCUUUUUUUCAGUUAUCAAAUGAUGUGUUGUUUGUGUUUUUGAAUAAAAUAAUCAACUCC